AUGAAAUUGUUGGUGGUACUCAGUUUAGUGGCGUUAGUCGCGGCGGCGCCGAAGCCCCAAGCUCCCCGCCAAGCUGCUGCAGCUAACCCACAGGAAGUGCAAAUCUUGAAGCUCGAAACAGAGAACGACGGACUCGGCUCGUACAGAUAUGCUUUGGAACAAAGCGAUGGAACGAAGAAGGAGGAGCAAGGAGAACUGAAAAACGCUGGAACUGACGAUGAAGCUAUCUCCGUGCGGGGUUCAUACAGCUGGGUUGGUCUAGACGGUGUCACAUACACGGUUACAUAUGUGGCUGAUGAGAACGGCUUCCAACCGACCCUAGAACAAGGUCCCGGUGGAGUACUUUCCCCCGCCCUUAUAGCCUCACUCACCGGCUAA